UACAUGUAUGCCUUCAGGCCACAAGAGGGCACCAGACCUCAUUACAGAUGAUUGUGAGCCACCAUGUGGUUGUCGGGAAUUGAACUCAGGACCUUUGGAAGAGCAGGUAGUGCUCUUAACCACUGAGCCAUCUCUCCAGCCCUAUGUGUUGAUGAAGAAACUUUUUGAGUCUUUCACUGGUGAGAUUUCUUACAUCUGACCAUGCGACUUUCGGCCCUGCUGGCCUUGGCAUCCAAAGCCACCCUCCCUCCCCACUACCGCUAUGGGAUGAGCCGUCCAGGCUCCCUCUCAGACAAGAGGAAGAAUCCUCCAUGGAGCAGGCGGCGCCCAGUGGUGGUAGAGCCCAUCUCUGAUGAAGACUGGCACCUAUUCUGUGGAGACAUGGUGGAAAUCUUAGAAGGCAAAGAUGCUGGGAAGCAGGGCAAAGUGGUGCAAGUCAUUCGGCAGCGGAACUGGGUUGUCCUGGAGGGGUUGAACACGCAUUACCGUUAUGUUGGCAGAACCACGGAUCACCGAGGGACCAUGAUCCCUAGUGAAGCCCCCUUGCUUCACCACCAGGUCAAGCUAGUGGACCCUGUGGACAGGAAACCCACUGAGAUCCAGUGGAGAUUUACUGAGGCAGGAGAGCGGGUUCGAGUCUCUACAAGAUCUGGGAGAAUUAUCCCCAAACCUGAAUUUCCUCGAGCAGACGGCAUUGUCCCUGAAACAUGGACUGAUGGCCCCAAGGACACAUCAGUGGAAGACGCUUUAGAAAGAACGUAUGUGCCCCGGCUAAAGACAUUAGAAGAAGAUGUGAUGGAGGCUAUGGGGAUCCAAGAGACUCGAAGACACAAGAAGGUUUAUUGGUACUGAGACUGAGCUGCUGCCUGCUCUGUCUUCACCUUGAGAGGGGAGGCCCCUCUUCUCCAGCGAUAAUAGCUAAUAAAGAGCCAUGAGUGUA